UUGAUUCACUCUGGUUCUCUAUGCCCUCUCUCUCUCUCUCUCUCUCUCUCUCUAAGAAAAACCCAUGCCUCCCAUCUCUAACGACAUCUCCGCUCCAACUGGACCAAGGGCGGCCCUUACAACUGGACCAAGGGCGGCCAUCUCUAACGCCAUCUCCGCUCCAGAUUCAAGAUGCUGGGAAAGGCCCGGUCUCUGUUCAUCAAGGAAUACAACCACAGGCUCUCCAAUUGAUUUUAGUAGAGCAAAGAACUGUAUGGUCAAAGUGAUUUUUGAGUUUGAUGAGCGGGGGGUCCCUAGUUGCGAGCUGCAAAUGUUGAACAUGACUAUAAUCUUCACAGUGGAUGCACUGCAAUAUCCUAGAAAUGGUUGUUUAGUGAAUCGGCGAUCGAGUGCUUUGCAAGGAUGCUGA